CGCGCGGCGCGAACGUUGGGUUUCGAGCGCGUUUCUCGUGCACAGAGGUGACGACCCACCGCCUGCGAAGGAAAGAGGGCUGAGUCUUGAGCUGUUGGGGGACUGGAGAGAGCAGGGGGAGGAGGAGACGGACGAUUGAUAUAACACAGGCGGCCGUCGAUGCGCUCAGCAAUUCUCACUCACUUCAAGUCUUUGAAGCGAGAGCGAUUAAAGGGAGCGGGGUUUCCAUUCAUAUCGAGCGCAGGCGACGUUUCUUCCCGGACUCCGCGGCGCCGGUCUUUCCUCCACACAGCUCCCAUUUAAGUUUUAGCCGUAUUAUUAAAAGCGAACGAACUUUACGAGCCAUCCGAGGUGCGGAGUUUUCCGCACGACUGCGUGACAACCGCUUUAAGGACUGACAGCGCUUCUUCACGCAGCGAGUGCGGCGGGAUUGUGAGGUGGAACGAGGAGUUCUCCAAUGCAAAACUACAUGUAUGAGAAAGCGAUGGCCCAAGAGACAAGGAACGGGGGAACCUCCACGUUAAACAACAACGGCAACGGCAGCAACGGCAAGAAGAAGCUGCUGAUAGCGCUCGACGUGUGCUGCCUUCUGCUCGCUAUGCUACCCAUUCUGGCUUUGCACCACUCCUCUAUUCGUCCGUACCAGAGGGGCUUCUACUGCAGUGACGACAGCCUGAACUACCCCUACAAGAGAAGCACCGUCCGCACCUCGGUGCUCAUCUCUGUGGGGCUGACACUGCCGGUGGUGUCCAUCGCGAUUGGAGAAUGCUUCAGGAUUCACCAGCUGCACGAGGGAACCAAGUCCUUUGUGGGAAACCCCUACGUCGCCGCUCUCUACAAACAGAUGGGCGUGUUCCUCUUCGGUUGUGCCGUCAGCCAGUCGUUCACGGACAUCGCCAAGGUGUCGGUGGGUCGCAUGAGGCCCCACUUCAUCGACGUGUGCCGGCCAGACUUCGCCGCCAUCAACUGUUCGCUGGGAUACAUCACCAACUACACCUGCACCGGUGACGACAGCAGUGUUCAGGAGGCCAGGAAAUCCUUCUUCUCGGGACACGCAUCCUUUUCGAUGUACGCCAUGCUGUACCUGGCUUUCUACCUACAAUCCAGGUUCACGUGGCGUGGUGCCCGUCUCCUCCGCCCGCUGCUCCAGUUCACCUUGCUGAUGAUGGCCUUCUACACCGGCCUGUCGCGCGUCUCCGACCACAAGCACCACCCGACCGACGUGCUGGCGGGCUUCGUACAGGGAGCCCUGGUGGCCUACUGCAUAGUUUUCUACGUGUCGGACCUGUUCAAGGCCCGGGUGAAGCCGGCCACCCCCCCGCCCUCUCCCAUCAAGAAGGAGCUGCUGUCCUCCUCCGACAUCAUCGAGAGGAACAACCACCACAACAUGGUGUGAAGAAGUGGCCGCGCGUCCUUCCUGCGACCCGGGAGCCGUCCGCGGCGCCGCUCAACUCCCAUCGGACAGUAGAAUGUAGCGACGAGAGACUGUAGCUGCUUCUUAAAUAGCAUCCUUCUCCCCUUUGCUGGUGCCCAGCGCGGCACUUUGUGGACUAGGGUGUCAGAUUUGAGAUUUGCACAGCAGAGUCCACUCCAUUAUCCCGACCUAACAUUUACUAUUAUGUUAACUACUUAUCAACAUUUGAGCCCAUUGCUUUGAGCACAAACAUGAGAGGACGUGAAAGGACAACAUGACGACUUGACAGGCAGAGGUGAGGGCGUGGAGGUUUGAUGGAGGUGUUGCCACGUUGGUGGAAACACUUGUGAAGAAAAUGAAGACGUGAAAUGAAACCAAUUACAAAUCACCUGCCUACGGAGAGAGCGAUGCUCCUCUCUGAACUCUGUGGCCUUGGAGCAGCGUAGGACAACAGCUUCCUUAGCUAUGGGAAGGAUAUUUCUGCAUAACUAAUAGCAUAGAAAUAUUAACAGUAUAGAAAGAUAUAACAUAUAGCACUGUUUUUAAGUUUGUUGUCCAUUAUUACCACUUGCUGCCUGAGACGUCUAAUCACUAAAAACUUCAUGAUGCUGGCGUCCACGAGACAGAAAUGUUCACCCCGAGAAGAAGCCGACCGAGCCUGGAACCGCAGAGAUCCAACUCAGGCAGGACAAUGUUAGCCUAGCAUGACUUUAACAAGCCUAACUCUGGCAGGCUGUUCGGAACAGACGACCUGCUGACCUUUUGGGCCUGUACACACAUUUCCGUUCAGUCCUACGAGUGAAAGUGAAGCCCUCCGUUCUCAUAUCGCAGCACAUCUGUCUCUGGGCUUCCAGCAUAUGAAGCUUUUACUGGUGGACCGUCAGUGCAGCCCAAACUCGGGAUGUUGCAUUUUGUAAGAGUUCUAUGUAGUAAAGGAAGGAGGAGGUAGAUCUCGCAGCCUCCUGGCACCUGUGUAGGGGGCGUGGCUGUGCCAUGCCGCUCUCUGAUGUGGGGCCACCCGCUUGUCUUCCAGAGCAGGAAGCGCGACGGGUGGGCGGAGUCAAAAGACGGGGUUGUCAUUGUGGAAAGAGGUCGACGAACUACAGCUAAGCUGGCACAUUACUGUGGGACGGUCUGGGCCCGUUCUGCUGGCAGGGAGGGGCCCGACACCCACCUAAUCACUCAAUGGCAAUGUGUGUGUGUGUGUGUGUGUGUGUGUGUGUGUGUGUGUGUGUGUGUGUGUGUGUGUGUGUGUGUGUGUGGGUGCGCUUGCUUGUGUUUGUAUAUGUACAUGUUGAGUGUGUGAACCUAUGUGCCCCUUCUUGAUAAACUGUGCUAAGUUUGCGUGUGUGUGUGUGUGUGUGUGUGUGUGUGUGUGUGUGUGUGUGUGUGUGUGUGUGUCAGAGAGCAGGAGAGCAGGUGAACGUUCUAAAAAAAACUGUGGAUUUAUUAUUUGUAUCCUCUGCUUUAACCCUGUGUGUUCAUAGCCUGUUUUGUAUAAUCACAAGAUGUACUGAACCAGACACAAGUCCUUUUAUUUUACAGCCUACUCAGAAAUCCUCCUCCAACAACACACUCCGCCAUGUUGCACAUCUUUCUCACCGUCCAUCCUUUCAUUUCACAAAGCCGUUUCACUCUCUUUUUUUUAUAAAUAUAUAAAUAAUGUAUACAUCACUAAAGUUAAGAUAUUUGUUUAACGUGUUUAGAAAUAUCCACUAUGAUUUACAGACCUGUGUUCUUUACAAAAUGCUGCUUCAAAAGCAUAGAUUGACAAAUUUCUUUGUAUCUAGAUAACUAAACUAUUAUAGAUUGUAACAGUCAUGUUUGUAAUAUGCAAUUAAAAACAAAACAUAGACCCACAACUGUAUUAAAAUUCAAUAUUAGUAUUUUUGUAUUGUUUUUUGUACAAAUGAAAUAGUAGUGAAGCCUUUUUUUUCCUGCUAAAUGUACUUAGCUCUAAUACAUGUGCUUUUAAAUAAAAAGCCUAUUAUGAACACA